GCAGCCGUAAGCGCGCCUUUUCCUUCGUUCGGGACUUUACCUAACCCAAGGGAAUAAGUUGGCUGAAAGUAGGCAUGGGAAAAAGGCAAAUCGACUUCGUUGCAUACACUUUGGCAUAAAAGUUUGAUGGGUGCGAGAAAAAAAUAGUCCGGGAUGGUAAAUCAAUUUUUUCAAAGUGUUUGAUAAAGUCACAUUGCAACUGCCAGUACUCAGCGAUUCAUCCCUCCAGUUCGUACUAUUAAAGAAGUCAGGCCCGUGGUACUCCGCGUCAAAAGUUAGCCGGCUUGUGAAUGUUCGUUAUUCCCAAGGAUAUUCAAUGGACCACGAAUCGAGGACGAUUAUUUCGAAGACUUGACUGUAAUUCAUCCUAAACAGCCGAUUCGAUGAGGGCUUGGAUGACCGAAUUAACAUUUUUUUUUUCCACCAUUCGCGAGUGAAACAACUUUGAGUGCGCGAGAAAAAUCGAUUCGACCCGGUGACCGCACUUCGGGAACUCUUCGCGAGGAAAAUUGAAUCAUCGGUAUACGCCAACGAGGCUAAACUGUGCGACGAAGUGAUUUCUCUCGAUAGAAUAAGGAAGAGAGAGUGCGCGACAGAGGUGCAGGGGAAGAAAGAGACGAAAGGAAAUAAAACUCUGACAGUAGAGCAGAGAAGAUGCUAGUGGAGAGGAUGAAGACGGCAGACUCGAGCGAAUCUACAUACUAGAUCAGUUUCCAUACAAUGUAAAUGGCUUUUCCGGCAGGUACUCCGGAAUGGGCCCAAAGAGCUUUAAACCCCUUACGUUUGCUUCUCCAACUUUGCAUCAACCUGGUAUAAAUUUUCAAAGUUCGAGAACUCGAUUCAACCGGAAGAAUAUGUGUUAAUGCGUUCACGCAUAGACACGCGUUGGUGUACGUGCACGGAUGUUUGUUCACACAUGUGGAUUCCUACACUUUUAUGCCUGUAUGUGAACCCGGUUAACGAGCAGGCGGGCAUUCGUAAUAGGGAAGGGGAUUGUGUAACAUCAGCGCGUUAUGAGGAACUGAUGCUAAAAUCUGUGAAUUCUUGUGAGAAGUGCGCGAAUAACUUUAGCCGACGAACCUAACGGAGAACGUAAAGUACCCAUUAAAACGAAUACGUCGAAGUGCGUGGGUGUCAGUGUCCGUGUUAAUGAACGUUGACUGGCAAGAAGCUCGAUCGUGGUGAGCUCGUUGACCGAGAACAGGGGGUUUUACGAGGCAGAAUAUCCGAUUGGAAAUCAUCGGAGGCUAAGAUCGUUUAAUGUCGAAAUUGGCCACUCAUCGUUCCGCUAUCGCUAGGAUCGUCCACCCAACUUAUCGAAAAUAUUAGCAAGAUCAGUUCCCGUACGAGAUCGUAACUCUCGGCAUCGUUCAGAGACGAUUUUUUCCGAUGCUUCGUGCUAACCGCGAACUCCGCUUAAGGUGGCGCCCUCGAUCGAACGGUACGCAAUUUCGUGCGCGAACAAUGAUCCGAGGUAAUAACGUACCUGUGUACAUGAUGACGAUGAUGCUACUGAUGAGCGCCGUUGCGCUCGCUCGAGCAGAAAUAUUUCUCCGGGAUGAAAGCGAACCGACGGAGAUUCUGGAGUUGACAGCAGUCGCCGAUUUCGAGGCUCGAUUACCGUGUAACAUUGAUCCUUCAACGAAAGCCGAAGAGGUUGCCAUGGUUUUAUGGUACCGAGAAGAAACCAGUAGGCACCCAAUAUUCAGCGUGGAUGCUCGAAGCCGUAACAAACAAACGAGAACGUGGUCUGAUCCAAAGGCGUUUGGCGAUCGAGCUACCAUGAGAAGUGCUGCUGAACCUACCGAGCUUGAAGUUAAUCCACUCGCACCCGAGGACAACGGUAUCUACCGAUGUCGCGUCGAUUUUAAGGACAGCCCAACUAAAAAUUAUAAGAUAAAUCUAACUGUGAUAGUUCUGCCUGAGAAACCAGUUAUACGUGCGAACCCCCAAAGAUCGUCGGCGAAAAUACUUGAACCGAUUAACGAAGGUGGUGAGUUGUCACUUCUUUGCGAAGUCGAUGGUGGCAAACCCCCGCCACAAGUAGCUUGGUACCUGGAGAAUAAGCUUUUGGAUGAUACGUACGAAAGAAGAACAUUGGUCAAGAAAGGUGUUGAGGUGACGGUCAACCAACUCGACGUCAUUAAAGUGUCAAGGGAAUUUUUCGAGGCUAGACUAAUUUGUCGAGCGAGCAACACUGAACUCGCAUCCGUUUCCUCAGAGAUCAUUUUGGACAUCAACCUGAAACCGCUAGAGGUCAACAUCACGAAUAAACAGAAUCAUAUAUCAGCACUGCAGACCUACGAGGUGGAAUGUACAACAACAGGGUCCGUUCCGGAAGCGGUCAUCACCUGGUGGAAGGGUCCACACCAGGUUAAACACAUGGCGAGAAACUUCGCAGAGAGCGGGAAUAUGACGAGAAGCACCUUAAGCUACGUACCGACCAUGGAGGACAACCAAAAGUUCCUCACCUGCCGUGCCGAGAACCCCAGUGUGCCUAACAGUGCACUCGAAGAUAGCUGGCCUUUGAUUGUACAUUACGUUCCAGUCGUGACGAUAAAGUUCGGGGCAAGUCUACGUCCGAAUGACAUCAACGAGGGCGACGAUGUGUACUUCGAGUGCGAAGUCAAAGCCAAUCCUGCAGCUUACAAACUCCGCUGGUUUAAAAAUAGCAAGGAACUACACCAGAAUGCGACUGCAGGGAUAUUUCUGCCAAGUGGAAAGUCUCUGGUCCUUCAAAGAGUCACGCGAACCUCGGCUGGGGAAUACUCGUGCAGCGCUGUCAACGGAGAAGGCACUGCCACCAGUAGACCAGUUACUUUAGAAGUGAUGUACGCACCAAUCUGCAAAGAUGGCUCGGUCGCCCAGGUCGUAGGUGCUUUGAAACAUGAAACGAUAUCGCUCGUCUGUGGGGUUCAAUCGAAACCUCCGCCGAUAACUUUUCACUGGACCUUCAACAAUUCCGGAGAGCUGAUGAACGUACCGUCCAAUCGUUUCACGCAGAUUAAAACGCCGAAACGUAUCGCCAAUCACUGGCAUUCAUCACGACUGAAUUACACACCCAACGACGACAUGGAUUACGGCACGGUUUCAUGCUCGGCAACCAAUAGCAUCGGUCCACAGAGAACCCCGUGUCUCUUUCAGAUAAUCGUUGCUGGUAAACCCUAUCCAUUGCAGAACUGUACCGCCGUUCAAUCCACGGGGCCGUACGCUUAUCGAAUGGGGCACGAGGAAUUCAAGCAGAAGGAUUCGCAGGAGGCUGAUUGGCUGAUAGUUCGAUGCAACGAAGGAUUCGACGGGGGUCUACCAUUGACGGGUUUUGAGCUCGAAGUCUACAAUGAAGAGAGUGUAUCCCAUAUAAAUACGAUUUAUGCAAAUCGCAGUGAAAAAUCGAUUCUCAUGGGUGAUUACCGGGGACCGAUUUUUGAAGUGCCAGGCUUAGAACCGGGGCGAAAUUAUCGCCUUUUGCUGUACGCGGUCAACGCCAAAGGACGAAGUCAUCCGGUGACGUUGGAACCCGUGUCUUUGAAGGGCGUCGCAAUGUACACGACAGGUCGAGGAUCCGCUGAAAAAGAUUCGGACUACAGUCUUCUAGUGGCGUGUUUCGCCGGUGGCAUAACUGCGGCGUGUAUCCUUAUCGUAGGAAUUACCUUGACGGUUUAUCGUCGUAAUCAUCCUAUGCAACCCAUCAAGACCCAAACUCACGUCGUUCACUGCGAGAGCAAAGAAGACCGAUCGAUCAUUCCUCUUGUACCGUGCAAAGAUUCACACCGUGACACUAAGGAUUCUCGAGAUUUCAGUGAUAUUAGAGACCAAGCUCCUAGGAAUACAACGAGAGAUCCAAUGGCAAAGGAAACGAGUAGAGAUCACAAUCAGCAGCAGCAGAUGCAACUGCACCCAGCUGUUGAUCCGACGGAGGAAAAUCCCGACGUAAUACCAAACAAGGUUGAACGGAGAGCCGUUAUAUUCGAGCCGAAUUAUACCCCGAAAAUUGAGAGGACGAAAACAGAUGAAUUUCGUGAUCAUUUCGUCGAUUAUGAGUAUCCAUUGCCCUCGUCGGUGCUACAUUCAAGGGACACUGCGUGGAAAUGUCCAGACGACUACGUGGAUCGACUGGACGAAUCUAGUCCGGCAAGACCAAGCACACUUCCAGUUCAUCGUACCCACGAUAUCUACACGAGAAGUUCACGUGUACAAGAAAGCUGUAUAUGAAAUCACACUUCCUUCAUCCUACUAUUAUCGCCCUACCUUCCGUUUCUAUUCCUCCCAUUCUUUGCACGAGUUUCCUGUGCUAUCGCUAUGACGCUCCAAUAACAAAUCUAAUGGAAGAAGAAACAAAGAAAACAAGCUACCAUGUUUUUGCAGAGAGGCAACAAAAAAAAAUAUGAAAUCCUCUCAAUGUUGGGACUGUUCGAAAUUACAUUCUCUACCGUUGCAAAGAAGGACAGAAAUAAAACAUUGAUUGCAGCACACUCAAACGAUACGACGAGGCCAAAGUUUAUCGAUGUCUGUACAUAGACAAUAAAAUGUCGUUAUUAAGAUGUUCAUGGUAUAUAAAGUAUGUACGAAACGCAUGUAUAAAUUCGAUUUAUAUAUAAACCUAUAUAUCUAUACACA